AUGGAGGCGAAGUCCAGCUCUUUCUCUCUUCCUUUCCCUCAGAUGCUGCGACAACGCAACCCUGUACCCGAUGUCCCAGAAGAUGUCGGCUACAUCAAGCUGCACCUAAAUGAUCCCAAUUGGGACCUCAACCAGGCUUCGCCGACCGCUAGCGUCGGCUCUGUCGAGCUCAAUGACAAAAUUGAGAGGACGUCUUCAAGCGGGUACUCAUUCCGUAGCACUGAGCUGGAUACCGAGUCGCAAGACGAUUCGACAUACAAGGACUCGACGUACAAGACCACGAGCUCAUCAUCAAGAGCUCAUCUUCGAGAAGCAGACAUCGAGGAAUUCAACGAUGAAUCUCCAUAUGCGGAAGUUCGUGCUGCAGUAUCUAACAUAGACGACCCGUUGAUGCCAGUUAACACAUUCCGAAUGUGGUUUCUCGGAAUUGUUCUUUCUUUCAUCUUAGCUGGUCUAAAUCAUUUCUUUGAGGAGCGAUAUCCAUCCCUUGCUAUCAGCGCCCUCGUCGUUCAGCUUAUCGCUCUCCCGCUGGGCAAAUUCCUGGAGUGGCUCCUUCCCACGAAGCGCUUCAACACCUUUGGCUACGUCUGGUCGCUAAACCCUGGGCCAUUCAACAUCAAGGAGCACACCGUCAUCACGAUCAUGGCCAGUGCGGUGUACUCCGAUGUCUAUGUCACGACCGUCUUUGCGACACAAAAAGCAUUCUUCAACCAGUCACUCACCUUUGCAUACCAGAUCCUCCUCGCGCUUUCCACACAGCUGCUCGGCUACUCCUUCGCAGGCAUGACGCGCCAGUUCCUCGUGUGGCCCGCGAGCAUGAUCUGGCCGGGCGCGCUAGUGUCCUGCGCACUGUUGAACACGCUGCACAAGAACUUCGGCAAGAAGGAGAAGCGGCACAUGUCGCGCGAGCGAUUCUUCCUCUACGUGUUCAUUGCGAGCACCGUGUGGUACUUCUUCCCAGGAUACAUCUUCACCGCACUGAGCGUGUUCAACUGGGUCUGCUGGAUUGCGCCGAAGAACCCGACGGUCAACGCGUUGUUCGGCUAUUCGACGGGUCUCGGCAUGGGCUUCCUUACGUUCGAUUGGUCGAUGAUAUCCUGGAUUGGCAGUCCAUUGGUCACUCCUUGGUGGGCGGAAGCAAAUAUCGCGGUUGGUUUCGUGUUCUUCUUCUGGUUCCUUGCCCCAAUCUUGUAUUUCAAGAACAUCUUCUUCGCCAAGUACAUGCCGAUUUCUGCUGCUGGGGCGUAUGACAAUACGGGAGCAUCCUACAACAUCUCGGAAAUCAUCACAAACGGCGUCUUUGACGAAGUCAAGUACAGGGCCUACUCCCCGAUGUUCCUCCCGACGACCUUCUCGCUUGCGUACGGCAUCCAGUUUGCGGCCAUCUCGGCUGUGUUCGUGCACACUUUCCUCUGGUACAGGCACGACAUUGCUCGCCAGCUUCGCCGUGCACUGACGGACGAGCGUGACGUGCACGCUCGCCUGAUGAUGGUUUACGCGGAUGUUCCUUGGUGGUGGUACGCGUCCCUCGGCGUCAUCUCCUUCAUCCUGGGCGUCAUCGGCAUUGAGGUCUUUGGCACUGGCCUCCCCGUCUGGUCCUUCGUUAUUAGCAUCCUCAUCGCCGUCGUCUUCAUUAUCCCCGUGGGCAUGAUCCGCGCCAUCACCAACCAGUUGCUGCCCCUCAACGUCAUCAUGGAAGUGCUCGUCGGCUACAUGGUUCCGGGAAAGCCUGUCGCAAUGAUGCUCUUCAAGACGUACGGCUUCAUCACCGUCACGCAGUCACUUUCGCUCGCGAGCGACAUGAAGAUCGGGCACUACAUGAAGAUCCCGCCGCGCACGCUGUUCGUCGCGCAGACCCUCGCAACGGUCAUCACCUGUUUCGUUUGCGUCGGGGUGCAGAUAUGGCAGUUUGCGAAUAUCCCGGACUUUUGCCAGGCAGAUCAGAAGGACUACUUCACCUGCCCGGACGUUGACACGUUCGCAACUGCAUCGAUCAUCUGGGGCGGUAUUGGCCCGCAGCGCCUCUUCUCGCCCGGACAAAUUUACAACCCAAUGUUGUGGUUCUUCCUCAUCGGUGCCUUCGCGCCCAUCCCAUUCUACCUUCUUGCCCGCCGCUACCCGUACUCCAUCUGGAGAUACGUAAACACGCCCGUGCUAUUCGCCGGCCUCGGACAGAUGCCGCCCGCCAGUGGAAUCAACUACUCCUCCUGGGUCAUGGUCGGCGCAUUCUUCCAGUGGUUCAUGCGCCGCUUCCACUUCCGCUGGUGGAUGCGCUACAACUACAUCCUCUCAGCAGCACUAGACUCGGGCGUCGCUCUCACCCUCAUCCUCAUUUUCUGGUGUCUACAGUAUCCCAAGGGCGGUGUCUCCAUCAACUGGUGGGGAAACACUGUCUGGCAAAACACCUACGACACGCUCGGCAUGCCCUUCCUUACUACGAAUACUUCGUUUGGUCCUUUAACGUGGUCAUGA